AUGGGCCGCAAGACUUCCAAGGCUGUAGGCAAAAAGACUCAUGCGAAAAUCAUGUUCGACACCAAAGAGCUGGACAAAUUCAUGCCGAAGACCCAACGGCGGAAACAGAACAAGACCAAGAAAUCGUCGCACGUAGUGAACGAUGAAGCUCUGGAGCUUAUGCGGAAACAGUUGAACAGCAUUGGCUGCAAAUUGCACGAAGUCGAAGCUGACGGAAAUUGUCUCUUCCGUGCGCUCGCUGAUCAAAUCUUCGGUGACCAAACCCAACAUCAACAAGCUCGAGACGAGAUUGUGGAGUACAUGGAACAUCAACGAGAAGACUUUGAGCCGUUCAUGGAAGAUGAGGAAAAGUUUGAGAAGUACUGUGAGCGGAUGCGAAGCGAUGGUACGUGGGGUGGCAAUCAAGAGCUAUACGCUGCAGCUCGACUUUUCCAGGUAUACGUGGUCGUCCAUCAAGACCAACCGAGUGCCCGGAUAAUGGUCAUCGAGUGCGAUCGACUGAAGCCUACGCGAUUCGUCCAUGUCGCUUACCACGGCGAAGAUCACUACGACAGUGUGCGUCGUAUAACGGACCCCGUCAAUGUUAUUGGAUUGCCAGUUCCGAUUGAGCUUGAUUGUGACGGCUAUCGCCCUCACGAUUUUGCAAAGCGAUGGCAGACACACGCUUCUGCUGCUGCAGCUGUUGAUCAGUUGGAUCAGUUUGUUGGUCUGGAGCCGCCUACGAGUUUAGCCGACGAUGGAAUUGAUCGACUGGCCAGUAGUCUCAGUGUACAGCUACAAGUCGCAGACGAAACGGGUCAUGGCGCAACUAGUAAGACUAUGAGCAAGAAAGAGCAGCGACAAAAGCGCAAAGCCGCUAAGAUGCAAAAGAAGCUACAAUCGAAAUUGAAGUGA